AUGGGGGGUGUCCGAAAACCAGAUUUAGGAGUGAAGCUGCUCUGCACUGGACUUAAGGAUAUAAAUUGCAAACUAGAGAUACUGAGUCUGAAGAACAACUGUAUCACAGAAGGAGGUUGUCAUGUUCUGGCUGCAGCUCUAAAUUCAAACCCUUCAAAUCUGACAGAGCUGGAUCUGAGCAGGAAUCAAAUAGGAGACUCUGGAGUGACAGAAAUCUCCAGUCUGCUGAGAAAUUCACAGACACUACAGAUACUCAGACUUUCAGACUGCAGUAUCAGUGAAGAAGGUUAUAAAGCUCUGUCUUCAGCUCUGAGAUCAAACCCUUCACACCUGAUAGAGCUGGAUCUCACAGGAAAUGAUCCUGGAGAAUCAGGAGUGAAGCAGCUCAGUGAUUUACUACAGGAUCCAAACUGUCAACUCAAGACACUGAGGUUUUUGGGUCCUGCUGCAGAUGAAGGCUGUCAGUAUGUGACUGGAAUUGUGGGUAAAAACCUGUUACUCCUGAGAGAGCUGGAUCUGAGUGGACGUAAACUAGGAGACACAGGAGUGAAUCAGAUCUCUGCUCUACUGCAGGAUAAACACUGUACACUCAACACACUGAAACUUCAUGUCUGUGACAUUACAGAUGUUUCUUCUUUAACUCAGUCUUUGACAAACACAAAAGCUCUGCAGUUUCUAAAAGAGCUUGAUCUGAGUGAUAAUGAGAUUGGAGACUCAAACCAGAAGCUCAUUGAUGUGCUACGAGACUCAAACUGUGAACUGAUGUGA